GCUCGUACAGUACUGUCCAAAGUAGGGGGAAAUGAAUUCGGACCACUGGACUCGGCCUGCUCGUUUCUGUUUAGGAGACGGAUAUAAUAGAUGCGCUGGGUAUAUAUUGUGUUAAAGAACUGUGUGCUUUCCAACCUUCAACCGGUUCAGUACCCCCAGCUGCAGAUCGGUAUUGAUUCAUCCAUUCAUGUACUGGACUAAUCAGACCUUUUACCUUUGUUGAGCACAUUAAUCGUUUCGACCGUAGUGGAUGGACGGACCAAACUGGAUUAUUGUACCUUUCGCUUCCUAACCCUCGCUUGCUUGCUUUCUUAACUCUUAUUUUCAUAAUUUCAACCUUUAACACUUCAAACAUCUGUACGGGCCACUGAUCCUAAUCGGUUAUUAAUCACCAACCAGUAAACGUCUGACCUGCCAUACGAAGCCUUCCUCGCAACCCGCUGAGUUCUCGCCUCACGAACAGGAUGAGUCUCAGCCCGCAAGCCCGCAACCCGAGUAAUCAGCAUCAGGACGACUCUUCGGGUCAGGGAGAGCGACACUCGGCGAGAAAUCCUGCGUGCGACCUUUGUCGUGAAAAGAAGGUACGAUGCGGCCGCGAAAAACCCACCUGCCAGAACUGCCGAUCGUGGAGAACAGCUUGCACGUAUUCCGAGCGACAGAAACGCGAUAAUGAGGCUUCCCGCACUGCGCACCGCUUCGAAGAGGUGCACGACCGCCUUGACCGUAUAGAAACCACAAUGGCGCGACUAGUCGCCGCACUCGAGUCCACAAACUUGGCCUCUACCCCUCCGCCAGCGUUCAAUUCAAAGACUAUUGUCUCGAGCAGCCGCACUCAAUCACAAUGCGGUCCCGGAACACCACAGACGCCACAGUCAAAUAGCGGUAGUCUACUGGCUACGACGUACAAGAUACCCGUACGGCGAGAGAUGCAGUACCUCGGCCCUUCAUCCCUCAUGACACUAUCCUCGGAAGCGGGGUCCCUAGCGGAGGAGCAGUUGCGGCUUAGUUCGCCGCCGCAUCCGAGCAGCGAGGCAGGUAGCGGCGUGUGCCAUCGACGGGGGACAAGCGACUCUACGAGGGUGAGUGUGGAUGGGGAUAUUGGGGCUUCGGUGGAGAGUAUGUUAUCACGGCCGGAGCAGGCAGAGACUGUGGGCGCACUGAGGAAGCUGAGCAAUAUAUCUACCAAUGUCGCAACCUGGUUUCCCUACUACGGGCACAGGGAAUUGAGAGCUGGGGCUGGGGGAGCGAACAUGGGGAUUCCCCCCAGGAAGAUUGCGGAGGACCUGGUUGCCGAAUACUUCAAGACCGUUCACGCCUGGUUCCCACUAUUCGAGCAAACACGAUUUGAAGAAGACAUGAAACGAUUCUAUGAAGGGGAUAAAAAGCUUAGUGAAGAUCGUGCGUGGCUGGUCUGCUUCAACAAUGUGAUGCUGUUUGGGAUGUAUGAUAAGUGCACUGGGCGGAAGGAUAUUGAUACGAGUAUGGGACAAAAUUUCUUCCUCAAUGCAUGGGCAGCGAUAGACGACUUAGAGGUUUUCAUGGCGCCAAGAUUGCGGAAUGUGCAGGCUCUUACAACUGGGGUGAGUACGGUCCCGCGUUCGUCUAUACGCAUCGAUGGUAACCCAUCUCAGGCUGUGGUUGCAGUAGAAAUAUCCCGCCCGGGUCUCUGUUGGUCGUUAAUGUCCGGCGCUGCAAGGCUCGCAACAGCAAUCGGCUUGCACCGCCGCCCUCCGUCGCCGUGUCCCUUCUCCAAACUAGAGUUGGAAGAGCGGAAGGCGAUUUUCUGGAACGUGUACAUCCUAGACAAAUGCCUAUCCUUAACGUUCGGGCGAUCGACGUGCCUUCCAGACUUUGACUGUGAUACCGAGAUGCCCGAAGGUGAUGGGAAAGCCGUGUACUUUCUAAAUUUUAUCGCCUUGAUAAAGCUAGCAAAGAUCCAAAGCAACAUAUACAUGCGAUUAUACUCCGCGGCGGCAACGCGACAGGAGACUGCGGAGAAGGAGAAGGCGAUAUUGGAAUUAGAUUCGGAACUGCGCGACUGGUGGACGCAAUCCCGGGCGGUGUUCGACACUGCCGGAAACCCAGACGCGGCGGUAAACCAGGGCGCGCCGGCGGCGCCACUAGCUGUCUUCUCGAAGCUAGAGUUAAAAUUCAGCUACCUCUGCAGCCUCACCCUCGUCCAUCGCAUGGCGCGCCCGGACAUGGCGAUCUGGGCCGAAAGCGAUAACCUCUGUCUGGAGAGUGCGAGAGACAGCAUCCGCAUCAUAAACGAGGUUGUGGAAUGCAAUCUCGACGUUGCCAACAGCGGAAUAAUAAUCUGGCUCUUCCAGUAUUACCCCUUCACAUCCUUCUUCAUCCUCUUCUCUGCCGUGAUUCGCAAUCCCACCGCCGUGACAUCGAAAACCGUCGACUUCCAAUUGAUGAGGAACCUCGUCUCGUACCUCUCCCGCAUGCAGGAAAAGUCGGAAGGCGCGGCAAAGUUGUUGCAGAUAGCUUCAGCAUUUACUCACGUGGCUGGGACUUUUCUAAAGAACUACGGAAAGUUAGAGCUUGCGCGGGAACACGCAGGAAAGCGGAAACGCACCUCUGCAGAGGAAGAUAUCCUUAGCGUCUCGUCUCCACACCACCACCACCACGGUGCGGGGGAAGAAGCCUGGCUAGAGCCCGGCGGUUGUGACAACAGCGCCUUCCGCAAUGGUUUCGGAAAAGGCAUCUACAGCACGACGGCCUUCCCAGCGGACUCUAUCGAGCAAGUAUUCCCCACUCCACCACCUCCACCCCCACCCAUGCAUUCACACUCCCGUUCGCACUCAAACUCAAACACCGAAUCUCUACCGUUGGGUUUGGAUGAUUUACCAGAGGUGGACCUCCACGCCGCAAACUUCCUCCGCUGGCCCGCAACCGAUGGGAUGAGCUACGAACCUCCCACCGCCGCUGCGGCAUCGUAUCUAGACCAUGCGUUCUCUUCCGCGCCGGAGAGUGGUGCUGCACCCGCUGCACCCGACUUGAGCCUCGAAGCGCUCAUGGCGGAGCCCGAAGGGUUUCAGUUGCAGAUGGAGCAGGCUGCUAUGAGGGGUCCGCUGGACUUUGACUGGUUUAGUUGGGAUGGGCAAUUUGAUUGAAUUUUUUUUCUCCUCUUGGUCGUUUUUGGGGGGGAUUGGGUUGAUAAUAGGUGGGUUGUAGGUUAUUCCGGCUGGUUCGGGGCAAGUGGGUUCGGAGGCC